CAUCCUGCCGGGGAGAAGAAAAAAAACCGUUCUGUUGAAAACGGAGACGUGAGGCGAAGCGGAGGGUAGAAACUCACCGGGUUAGGGGACAAAACGUCUACAACAAAAACCUCGAAAACCUGAAUGAGAGAGCAAAUAUAUCAACCUCCAGCCUCUGAGUGAACAGACGUUUAUCGGCCAGCGUGUCGCAGACAAGAAGCACAGAUGGACACCAGGAACACCACUGAAGAGAAACCUGUCCAGCGAUCUAAGUCCUUCAGCUUUAAGACCCAAAAGGAAGUGUGUACAUCAUGUGACAAAACGGUCUACCCGAUGGAGAGAUUGGUUGCCAACAACUUGGUCUUCCAUUCAUCAUGCUUCUGCUGCAAGCACUGCAACGCCAAACUCAGCCUUGGCACCUUUGCAGCUCUUCAAGGUGAAUUUUACUGUAAACCCCACUUUCAGCAGCUGUUCAAAAGCAAAGGCAACUACGACGAGGGCUUCGGGCGCAAACAGCACAAAGCGCUCUGGGCCUCCAAGGAGUCAGAGAAUAUAACGAAGACGGCAUAAUCCCGUCUGCAUCCCAUCCCAGCCAUGCCUCUUUCUUUUCCUCCUCUUAACACCUCCGACACAUCACGACGAACACGCGCCUCAUAUGCUGAGGCACUGUUUUAAUCUCCCACGCGCUCACUCGCUAUUUAAACGCCAUCAGAACAGAUACAUGCACAAACAAACAGCAUGGAAAUGACUGGCCAGUCAUGAUCCAUACCACUUACAAAACAAAUAUGAUUUUUGUGGAUAUAUUUUGGGUUCAAUUUAAUUGAUAUCUGUAUUUUCUUCAUUUUAUUUUCCAAUUCCCUGUUUGGAAUUGGUAGUUGAUUGUGACCAAAAGCCUUCUUUGGUAUGGCGAGUGUAAUAAUAAUAAUAAUAUAGUCAGUUUUUCUUUUUGAUUCUUUUUAAUAAUUUGCACCCUUUUAUUUGUGUUAAAUAAGUAAACCGUAUGCUCAGGCACACAUAUCAGAGGGGUUACAGAGCAUCCGUGUUUGUCAGUAGAGCAUACACUCAGGAUUUAAGAGAUAACAUUACAUCGUCUCACUCACUCUAGCAAAACACAAAUCAAAAUAACAGUCCUCAGUAUUGUGACUUUGCUGUCAGACAGUUGUCAGUUUGUUAGGUUUCGUAUAUUUGAGGAACAAACAGGGUACAGAGUACUGUAAAAAAAACACAACGGCACACAUCAGCAACAGCUCACCUCUCGUGUUUUUAUUUUUGUGUUACGUUUAAUUAUUGUCCGCUUCAUCCCACGGUGUGUUCCUGUUUUAUUGACCACUGUGAGUCGUAUCCUUGCAUGUUGGGAUGACUGGGUCUUAAUAGCCUUAUCUUAUGACUGUAUUGAUCUGUUUGUGUUGUGAAUGACUCGUUUCAUUUGAUGCAUAGCGACUCACUUUUUAAAGGUUUUUAGAAGCACUUUGAGUUUGGAUUUGAUGUCUCGGCAUAAGUGGAUACCUCCGGGCUUUUAUUGAUGGUUGAAAUUUUAAUGAAAUCCUCAGAUUGUGUUUUGUAUACUAUCCGUACGUAGAGCUGUAGUUUGUGAUUAGUGAACAUUCCCCACCGUACUGUACUCUAGUCUUUGCACAUAUGACCACACAUGAUCACCAGACGAGAUAAACACAGGGAACCUGAGGCCUUGUCCGUUAACACCCCCCCCCCUCACUCCGUCGGAUGAAACGCCUCAAGAGGAGCUGUUGGUUAAAUUGAUAAUUACAUUUCUGUGAUGGACGUAGCUCGAGCCUUGCAGGAAACCACACAACUGUGUUCCUUCGUCAUUUCACGCUUUUGUCAGUUGUUGGUCGUCUUGUGGUGAUUUUUUUUCCCUGCUGUAUUUGAGUGUUCAUAUAGCUGGACAGUCUUUUUUUGGGGGGGGCAGGACGUAGACAGAUCCAAUCACAGUGUCUUGAAUAUCCAUCCCCCCCAGUCCCAUCCCUUAAGCGUGGACAGGUUUCCUUUACAUGAAUGCCUUCUUGUUCUCAUCUCCUGUCUUAUUAGCUAAAUGCAUCUUAGCACCUGGACCUAUUUCUUAUUAAUAUUGAACUUGCAGCAGGUUGGCUGAGGGAGGGUUUGUCACUGUAUUGGUCCCCCUGUUGUGCUCCUGCAUGCUGCAUGCAAAACACCCCCGGUGCAGAGCACCCCCUGCUGGACAAAGUGUGACAGUAGUGUUUAGUGUGAGAGAAAGAAAAAGCGAGUCGCCCCUGAACUCAACAUAGCCUUUUAUUCAAAGUUUUUGAAUAGGUUGCCUCGGUCCGCAGUGCAGAUACUGCACUCCAGACACUUUUCUUUUGUUUUAUUCCAACACCUAAGACAAUAUGUCCACAUCUAUAUUUCAUUCUCUUCAAAGAAUGAGUCUAAAGCCAUUCAAAUAUCCCGUUUUAGUAAAUGUCUGAAUACCACUGACACUUGACUGACACUUGAAUGACACAAAAGUUUACGGUGAAUCUGAGCACGCUGUGCAGAAGAGAAAGCUACACUUGAACAGAUGGAUAAGUGCUACUUUUUUUUUUAAAAGAGAAGCCUUAGAAUACAAAUAGCUGAACUUAUCAAACAAGUCCUUUUGAGUGCACAGAUCCUAACAAAGUCAUCUCCUGAUUAUGCCUUUUCAAAACAAGACCUGCUUAGUUUAGAGCCCCACUCUUUAACAUAGGAUUACUUUACUCAACCAGCAGACAUUGUUUUCCUAUCUAACCACUUUUUAUCCACAAAAAAAUCAUUCUAACUCUGUGUACAUUGUAUAUUUCUUUUUCCUUUUUUUUAAAUUUCAAAAUCAUCCUCUAAAUCCCUGAGAAAUAUGCUUUAAAAUCAAGAGUAAUGUAUCAAGAAGUGCUGUCUUUGUCCUUCUCCGUUAGCAGUUCGCCAAGGUACAGCUGCAGAAUCUGUGAAUUGCAACUUGUAAGUGAAACGGGAGCAGACGAGGUACACUAGACGCUGGUGCCGAGAGGCUCGGGUGAAUGAUUGCAGCGUAAUGUCGUAAAUGUUCGAACGUGUGAGUCAUUUCAUUUUUUGUGCUUAUCUUGACGUGGACUUACUUUUCAAUGCUGUUGUCAUCGAGACGUCUUAAGUGUAUGCAUCUUUGAAAAAUGUAUUCUGUACAGACAUGACCUGUGGAUUGAGGUGGCCUUACAGCAAAGGACGCUUGAACUGUUUUCAGUCGUUCUCCUCUAUUCUCCCUUCUCUCUCUCUGUUGCUUAGUUGUGGUAUGGAAGUGUAACAUUUUGAAAUGUAAGCGCCCCCCCACCCUUUCUACGCCAACAUACACAAUCAUUUUGUGCAUUUUUUUUUUGUUUUUUACAUGCUUUUGGAGAAAAAAAUAAAAUGCUGGUGUUGAUUUAA